AUGGAUACAUUUAAUGUAUCAUAUAUUACUUUUGAUGGUCAUGUGGAAGUGCAGAAAUACAGAUAUCUUUAUUUUGUGGUCAUGUUUGUAGCAUUUAUUCUCAUAAUUUUCUGUAAUUCCACUAUUGUGUGGAUCAUAGUGGUUCACAAAUCCCUGCAUGAGCCGAUGUACAUUUUUAUUGCUGCUCUGUUAAUCAACUCUGUCUUUUUCAGCACUGCUGUCUACCCAAAGCUUUUGAUUGACUUUUUAUCUGAAAAACAGAUCAUAUCAUAUUCAGCAUGUCUCUUUCAGUGGUAUAUUUACUAUUCUUUAGGAGGUUCAGAGUUCUUACUGUUGGCAGUCAUGGCUUAUGACAGGUAUGUGUCUAUAAGUAAACCUCUGCAAUAUCCGAAUAUCAUGACAAAGACAUCUGUCAGUGUUUUCCUGGUUUUGGCUUGGCUUCUGCCUCUUUGUCAUAAUGCAGUGGUCCCUGUCCUGAAUGUUAAGAAAAAACUCUGUAACUUCACUUUAAAAGGAAUAAUUUCCAACAGUACAGUUUCCAAACUUCAGUGUGUGAGGUCGACACUGCUGAAUAUAUACGGUCUGAUUCUCUUUGUGGUUUUUCUGCCUCUCCCUGUGCUCUUCAUACUGUCUACAUACACAAGAAUAUUUCAAAUAGCGAAUCGCAGUUGCAGAGAAGUGCAGAGAAAAGCUGCACAGACGUGUUCAGCUCAUCUGCUGGUUCUCAUCAGCUUUUCCUGUUUGAGUGCUUAUGAUGUACUUCAAACUCGACUGGAAGCAGAUUUCCCCAAAACUGCACAUUUAAUAAUGACUUUACAAGUGAUUGUGUAUCACUUUCUCUGUAAUCCAAUCAUAUACGGAUUGAAAAUGAAAGAAAUUUCUAAACACCUGAGGAGAUCAUUCUGUAAAGUGUAUUAA